AUGAAAAACAGAGCUUUGCGUGAGAAGAAGGAAGAUGAGAGAGAGGGUGUCGUUGUCGAUGGGGCAAAUAAGGAAGAGGAAAGAGAGCGGGUGUCGUCGUCGUUGAUUGAGCGAAGAAGGAAGAGGAGAAAGAGAGGACGUCGUAUCUUUGAUGGAGAGAAGAGGGAAGAUGAAAGAGGGGGCGUUGUCAUCAAUGGAGUGAAUAAGGAAGAGAGAGGCUGA